UGAGAAUGCCUCAGGAUAAAGACUUAAACACGCAUCAAAAUGUUUAUUUAUUCAGACCAUGAUAGACGUUUUGUUGGACACUGGACACAUUUAGGGUAACGGCUACAGUGGUUAUCAGUUGUGCACACCAGCAGCAUGAGCAUGGAGCUCGGCAAAGCGAAGCUGCUGAGGACGGGGCUGAACGCGCUACACCAGGCCAUCCACCCGGUGCACGGCAUCGCAUGGACCGACGGCAAGCAGGUCUGCCUCACCGGCUUCUACUUCGUCAACGGGGAGCCCAAGUUCGGCGACACCAACGUCAUCGGGCAGUUCGAGCACGUCUUCGGGCUCUUCUGGGGCCCGCUGUGCUGCGCCGAUUCCCCGGCCCUCCUGGCCGUGCAGCACAAGAAGCACAUCACGGUGUGGCAGCUGCAGCUCAGCACCCUGGAGCAGAACAAGCUGCUGUGCACCCAGACGUGCGAGAUGAGCGAGCCUUUCCCCCUGCUGUCGCAGGGCUGCGUCUGGCACCCCAAGAUGGACAUCCUGGCCGUGCUCACCAAGCGCGACGCCUCGGUGCUCUUCUCGGUGCGCCUGGACAACCGCAGGGUGAAGGCGGACAUCAAGGCGGGCGCCAGCGGGGUCAUCCACUGCGCCUGCUGGACUAAGGACGGCACCAGGCUGGUGGUGGCCAUCGGCUCGGCGCUGCACUCGUACAUCUGGAACGACAUCCAGAAGAGCCUGGUGGCCUGCUCCUUCUGCCCCGUCUUCGACGUGGGCGGCUACAUCUGCGCCAUCGAGUCCACGGACGAGGCCCAGGUGGCGGUGGCCACCGAGCUGCCGCUGGACAAGCUGUGCAGCCUGAACGCGGGCGGCACUUUCGAAAUGCCUUCCGACUCCUCGGACCAGCAGCUGCCUUCCUCCUCGUCCCCCGUGGUGAUGUUCGAGGACGAGAUGCUGGACAACAGGAGGAGGUCCAUGGACUCGGACAGGUCGUCCUCCCCGCACGGCUACAGCUCGCCCACGCCCGGCGGUGUCAGCGCCUACAUUGGUGGUGGUGGACCGGUGGACCUGACCCACAUCCUGGCCCGCCACCGCAGGUCCGACCCGAGCCCGCUGCUCCACCUGCGGCGCCGAGACACGCUGACGGGCUCGGGCCAGGACUCCUCGCACCUGGUCCUGGUCAUGUACGACCGCAAGGCCACCACCACACGCAAGGUCAGCAUCCCGGGCAUCCUGUCGCCUGACAUCAUCGCCUUCGACGGGCGCGGCGGCACCAUGGCCGUGGCCUCCAACAGCAGCAACCUGGUGCUGGUGUACAGCGUGACGGCGACGGGCAUGCCCAACGUGCAGCAGAUCCGCCUGCACGUCAGCGAGCGGCCCAAGGGCGUCUGCUUCCUCAGCCACAAGCUGCUCAUGCUCAUGGUGGGCCGGCAGAAGAGCGGAGCUGAGUCGGCCUUCCUGCCCCCCUCCUCCAACACAGACAAGUUCGCGCUGCGGCUGGUGGCCCAGGAGCUGCAGCUGGACGGUGGAGGCGGGGCACUCUCUGCCUCUGCCCCGGUGCCCACCCACUGCGUCCCACCGGGCCCCUGCGCCUCGCCGCAGCCCCCGGCCUCCCCCGUGAACGUCCACGGGAUUAAUAGGCGCCACUCGGAGCACGUCCCCAAAGACGACAGGCUGAGCGCGCGGGAGCUCAUCCUCCCGGGUGGCGCGGUAAUCUCCUCCUCGCCGUCCCCUGGCAGACGGAAACUUGUGGAGGAGGUGAGCAGCAGCAGCAGCAGUGGCAGCAAUAAUAACAACAUCAACACCGCCAACAGCCACACCAACACCGCCACCACCACGCUGGGAAGCCCAGGGGCCAGCUCUGUGGACCUGUCCGACCGCGCCACCUCGAGCACGUCCUCGGUAACCCUCGAGUCGCUGGAGAUGGACCAGCACAUGAUGGGCCGCCAAAUGGCCACGUUGGGCGUCGGUAUUGGUAUCGGUACUGGUACCGGCGUCGGCGGAGGUCCACCCAGCAGGGACUCCAGCAGGCCCUGUUCGCCUGCUCGCUUCGACCUGACGGAAAAGCUGCAGUCGGAACCGGGGCCGGGGCCGGGGACGAGGAACAACUGCUCUCUGCCCAGGGACAACAAGGCUGUGGACCAGCUGGCACAGGGCAUGGAGAAGAUCUUCGCCCGAUUCGCUGAGGUGCAGAAUUCUCUGAUAGAGAUCAAGGACUAUGCGCAGAACAACGGGAGGAAAGCGGUUGCGAAUUACCCUUCGUGUGCGGAGCCACCGUACAUCAAUCUGACAUUUCAGAGGCAGCUGUCUGAGAGCGUCUUCAUAGACGAGAGGAGGCCGGUGCUGCUGUGCGAGGGGAAGCUGUGCCUCAAGAUGAUCCAGGACCUCUUCAGCCUGAGUGUGGUGGAGAUGCUGCAUGGUGCCAUAUGGAUAGUUCUUGUUGCGGACGCCGAGGGCUUUGUGCCUCUGACAUUCAAGCCUGGCGAGCAUCUCACCAUCAGGAAUGGCAAGAGGAAGUUCCCCCUGAACGCCCACGAAGCGCUAACAGACUGCGGCCCCGAGAGGCAGCUAGGCGGCUGUGGAGAGAACUGAAAACCGACAAACCAGCGGGGCAUUUCUCGAAACCAUAGUUGCUAACUACUGUUGGCUACUUUGUUGCUGUUUGCAAUUCAAUUUCCCAUUGGCAACUACCCAAGUUGCUUAUUGCGCUUUCAAGAAACAACUAUGCUUCAAGAAACAGCCCAGAACCGUCCAGCAGAAGAACCCCCCGUUCCUUAGAAUCUCUGUCUAGGACGAAAGGUUCCUGCGAACUUGUAACAACUCAUCAGAAUGAAAGCUGAAGAUCACCUGUUCCUGAUGAGCUCCAUGAACACGUCAAAUGAAAAGUCUUAUUUUCCUACAGAAAAAUAAAGAAAUCUAUAUUUUUUAAAGUUAUGUGAUAUGUUUACAUUCGUAAACAGUUGUUUAUGUUAUAUAUGUUAGUGUUUGGCUGUACGUUCACUGAAGAUGUGUGGGAACACUGUGCAAAAUGUUGUGGUGGUGUUCUGUUUUUUUUACACUGACUGAAUGUACUGGUGUGCCUGCUCAUUGCUUAUUGGACGGGGAUGGAUAAUGACUACAUGGUAUCACUGACAACAAAGAAAGCCCCCCCCUCCAUGGAUGCUGCUAGUUUACAAAAAGAUUCAGGUUUUUAGGCCAGAUGUUAGGGACCUCAUAUUGUUUUGGAUUUGGGGAUAUGUUCCCAGAGAACAUUUCAAAGUACAGCUGUUACAAAUGUGAUUUUAAUGCGAUAUCAAAAAGGAAAUUGGCUCUUGGGUGCCUGGCCCUGUGCCCAGUAGGCCUGUGAAGUUAUCCACCCGUGUUGUAUUGUACAUUUGUACAUUGGACUGUAGUAUUUACAUGUGUUCAGGAUAAACCUUUUACCCUGUGGCAUGAAUUAUAUUUAUAUCAACAUCAAUCUA